AUGGAGUUGGACAUUGAGGAUGAGUUCAUUGUGAGAAAAGAAGAUGUUCCUGAUAAUAUACCUGAGAAGAGAUUUGAGGAUUACUUAGAUGGGUCCCAUGUGUUAGACAAAAUGUACAAAAAUGGUAAAAUCUUGUCUCACUUACCAUUUGGAUCCAUUGAACUUGAAGAGUGGUUGAUUUUUGAAACCAAAGCACAGUUUCUAGAGGUUUUCAGAGAUUACUGCAUACAAGAGGGCUUCUCUGUCUCAGUUGACCAUGCUGAUAGUCAAAGGUACAUAGCAAGGUGUCUGAUGAGGGAUUGCAAUUGGAGGAUUCAUGCUUCAGUUCUGAGAGACAAAGUCAGUUGGGCCAUAAAGAAGCUAGAAGGAGAGCAUGCAACUUGUGGGAGGCUGGAAGAGAAUCUUAUGGUCUUUUCAGCAUGGCUAUGCAGGCAUUUGUUACAAGACUUAGAGGCAAACCCAGAUGUCCCAGUUGAUUCAUUACAGAGACUGUGCAUGGAAAGGUACAGGAUCCAUGUGAAGUUGAGGUUGUUAUACAAAGUGAAGAGUUUAGGCAGGGAGCAAUUACAUGGUGGGUUUGCUGAGUCCUAUGCAGCUCUUCUAAAGUAUGCUGAAAUGAUAAAGUCCACAAAUCCUGGGUCAUAUGCUCUUAUUACAUGGACUGAUAGUGGGGGUCAUAUUUUGAAAUUCAAGGCCUGUUUCAUAUCUUUUGCAACUCAAGUGAAAGGAUUCUUAGGUGGUUGUAGACCUAUCAUAAGAAUAGAUGGUGCACAUUUAAGUGGGUAUUACAAAGGGAUUAUGCUCACUGCAGUUUCAAUUGAUGGGAAUAAUGAGAUUUUUGUAAACUUGAGGUGCCUGUUUGCUCAGUAUGGAUCUCAGAAGGAUGACUGGACUUUUAUAAGUGACAGGAUGAGGGGGAUUGAAUCAGCUUUGUUUGAGGUGUUCCCAAGAGCUACCAGGAGAAUAUGCUGCCAGCAUUUGUACUCAAAUUGCAAGGGUGCAGGAUGGAGUGGGACAACAUUUCAUAAGCUGAUUUGGGUUGCUGCAAAUGCCUACAAUGAAUAUGUGUUUGGAAAAGCAAUGUCCAAGAUAAAAGAGACAGUAUGUUGUGAUCAUAACACAACAAACUUCGUAGAGUCAUUCAAGGCAAUAACAAAGUCCAACAGGGACAUGCCUAUGUUGACAUUGCUGGAAGCUGUUAGGAAUUGGUGCAUGAAAAGGAUGGGUUCCAGGUUCGAUAAAGCAGUGGACAUGGAACCAAAUCAGCUGACAGAGCAUGCACAGGGGGUGUUGGAGACCAGGACUGAUGAGUCUAGGUUCUGUCAUGUCACUACAGCUGGUGGUGGAGAGUUUGAGAGACUUGAACCAAGGGACUUUGUGUCACCUUUCUACAAGGGGGCUGCAUACAAACUGACUUAUGGAGACCACAUCCAACUCACUGGCCAUCACUUGAUGUGCCAGAAAUUGCAUCACUCCAAGGCAAAAGAAGUGCAGGCAGACCAGCUAAGCAAAGGAGAAGAGCCUCUCAUGAAGCAAAAAAAGGAAAGAGGCACAAGAACAACAAAUGCAGUCUAUGCAAAGAACUGGGACACAAUGCAGUGA